AUGACAAUCCGCAACGACUAUACAUUUAUCCCUCAUCCUGGUAAUGGGAAUUAUGAACCACUAGGGUGGUGGAAACGGAGAGGUGGCCAACCCUUGGCUUGGCAGACGGGUAUGAAGGAGAUUACGAAACGUUCGGGUACUGUCGACUCUGCUCGCCUUCCAGAAAAGAGAUCGCGUGAUCCUCAUUGCACCUGUUUGGAGACGCUGCAAGAUAUGGUUGCCAGUGGCGUUCUUGUUGUCCGUUUCUAUCCAAGUUGCCUGAAUGGGUGUCUGGAGUUGUAG